UUUUAAUAAGUUAAUCGGAUUUUUAGUUUUAUUUCUGUAAUGUUUAUGUUUUGGAAAUGUACUGGUGGUUCCGCCUACUACUUGCAGGUUGGAAAAAACAUUUUUUAAUAGCUGUUAUUGGUUUGCUUUGUUGUAUGAAGUGACAGCAGCAAGUAGUCAGUAUGGCUGAAGAAAAAGAAGUAAAGAAGAAAAACGAGACACUGUCCACCGAAGAGAUUAUUGAGGAAACCGCACAUGAUUAUUCUCAAUUCUUCAUAACAGAUCCCCUAAAAGAGAAGCAAGCAGUUGAAGAGAAAAUUGAAGAAAUGCUCACCAAACUUGAUGAGUUUUGUGCUGUUGUUGAUAUUAUUCGUUCAGAGGCUUCGUUGUCACUCAACCACUGUCUUCCAGAAAUCACAGCGAAAAUGAACCAAAUGCAAGAAUUAUUUAAACAAAUUGAUCAAUUAGAGGCUUUUGUGGGAAUAGUUAAAGAAAAUGUUACCAUGAUGGAAGAACAAGUGAAUCAAGCAGAAAAAGAUCUUGGUGGGAUGAAAACUUUGAAAGGAUUCUUAAAUUCUAUUCCUUUGUUUUCACAGAAAUCAUCAACUCAUAAAAACACAACUGUAAAGAAAUACACUCAACCAGAAAUCUUCCGUGCAAAAGACUACUUUGUAGAAUCAUGACUACAGAUGUUAUAGGUCAACAAUUUUAAUCUUCCAAUAAAGUAUAGGCCUAAUACUAUUAUAUAUGAUUCUGUCCUGUUUUCUAAUUGUUAGGCCUACUGAACUACAUUUUUGGCUGAAUAAAGAAUGAAAAGCUAAAAUGAA